AUGCCUUUAGUCUCCUCCACUGGUGCCUCUGCCUCCAUGUCUACUGUGUCCUCUGGAGCCACUACCCAGUCCACUACGAUGAACACCAACACCGCAACCACCGCAUCUGGAGCCACUACCCAGUCUGCUACGAUGAACACCAACACCGCAACCACCGCAUCUGGAGCCACUACCCAGUCUGCUACGAUGAACACCAACACCGCAACCACCACAUCUGGAGCCCAGGCAGCCUCAACCAAUCAGCCUUCCACUUCUGGAGGUACAAUGAUGACCCCCACUGCUCAGUCCUCAUCAUCCACCACAGUCCCUACGUCCUCUGGAGGCUCAGCAGCCACCACACAGCUUGGCUCCAACACACCCUCUGCUUCAUCUUCGUCACCUAUCACCUCUAAUUCAAUCAGUGCUACUAAUUCAGGAACCAACUCUGGCCCCUCUACAGCUGGUGCCAUGACCAUGACCAUGACUCAGGCCAGCCCAGCCUCAAACUCGAUGAUGUCUACCAAUCAGCCAUCUGUCUCCACUGGCAUGUCUGGUAUGAAUGGAACCAACUCUACGAUGGCCAUGAUAAGCUGCCCCUCUUUCGCCUGUAACUACUCAGACUGCUACUCAAUGUACAUGAGUCAGAACACCACUAAAUGCAAUCCUGGUGACUGCUGUGAGAAUGAGCCUUACGUCUUAAAAAAGCUGCAGAGUCCUCAGGUGCCUGCGCAAAGUUGA